CGUGUACCUGUGCCCUUUGGUCCCAUCAGAUACCGUCGCACGUAACAAAGAUGUCGCGCCUGUGUUUCCUGAGCGUGAUUCUGGGGCUGGUGGGGCAAAGUCUUGCGGCCUGCCCUGCUGGUUACUUAGAGGCCCAGGGCACGUGCCUGAAGUUCUCUACCGACAGCAAAACGUACGAGGACGCCAGGGCGACAUGCCAGGCAGACGGGGCUCGUCUCGUCGUGGUGAAGACGGCCGGACUGGACGCCUUCCUCGGGGACACCAUCAAGAACAGUUACAACGGCGACACUUGGAUCGGCCUGGACGAUCUCAACAGCCCGACGCACCAGUUUGUCUGGAGUGACGGCAGCACUCUGACCGCCUCCGACUACAGUAACUGGGACGGCGUCCAGCCAGACAACCCGGACACCGAGCAGUGUGUGGAGAUCCGGGUGGAGUACAGCUACAACUGGAACAACCACCUCUGCAGCGAGCUCAAGCACUACGUCUGCGAGAAAGCGGUGCUUGACGACUGUGCGGGAGACAAGGACGAGUACAAGCUGUGUGUGGAGUCCGCCAUCACCACGUGCGCCGCACAGCUCGGCAUCUCCAGCCGCCACGACAACAGGGUCAGGAGGGCUCUGGAGGAGUACCUUCCCCGCGAAGAGAGCAACAACCUGACCGCCGCCCUGACCGUGGCCGGGGUCGGCGUCCUGGCGGUCGUUGCCAUGGGGGCGCUCUACGUCAUCCAGAAGAAGCGCCUGGCCGCCUAGCCAUCUCCGCGGAGACACUGCGGAUAGACACCGACAUGUCCGCGGAGUGCGACAUUGUGUGUCAGUAGAUUGUAAUAGCAUCGCCAGUGAAUGAUUGAUAAUAAUGAAUGAAUGAAGACCUUUAUUGCACAUUUCUGCCACACUUGGCUAAGUACAGGUCACAACAAAACAAGAUGAAUGGACACGGUUAGCAGAUACAAAAUUAACUAACUAUCGUUAUAUAAAUUCAACUUCUCGAUCAUAAUGUAUGUCAUCAAGCACAUUCUAUUCGGAAGAUUUGACAAAAAUUCUGAACCUCCGUUCCACUCAGGAACCUUAAGCUUGUCGUAUAGACUUCAAUUGAUCUCUAAGCAGAUCUUUCGUUUAAAAGUACGUAGCCAACCGUUAAGAUCAUAAAAUUGACCAGACAGUUGGCCAAUUUGAUACUGUCUUGUCGUUUUUUUUACGGUUUGUCACCAAAAUAAAGACCUGCUUGGAGAUUGAUUAAGUAUUUAUGAUACAAGCAGAAUAUCUAAACUCUGAUUGUGAUGAUGUAUUUUACUCAAUUUGAAUAAAUCAGCUAAACAAUACCAAGGCAAC